AUGACACUACUCAAAACUGCUCAACUCUUUAUUCAUAAAUCACUUCUUCUUAUCAUUUUCAGUGUUGCAUGUUUGAGCAUAGAAAAACACACCAUUUCAACCGGUGUAGUGAUCAAAGAUCCACAAACCAUCACAUCCCAAAACCAGAUAUACAAACUAGGAUUCUUCACACCUCCAAACACCACCAACCGCUACUUAGGCAUCUUCUUUACCUUCUCCGAAGAAACCGUGAUUUGGGUCGCCAACAGAAACAAGCCACUCAAAGAUUCUUCCGGCGUAGUUACUCUAUCCCAAGACGGCAAUCUCGUCGUCUUAGACGGGACUACUAAUCAGACUAUCUGGUCGACCAAUCUCACCACCACCUCUCCUGUCAUGAACACAACCGCCCAACUCCUUGACACUGGCAAUCUCAUCUUGCAGAAAGAGGACUCGGGAGAUAUAUUAUGGCAAUCUUUCUCAGAGCCUACGGACGUGAUUGUGCCAGGCAUGACGCUGAGCCAGAACGUCAAUACAGGGAAGAUGGUGGCGCUGUCUGCGUGGAAAAAUCCCUCUGAUCCCGAGCUAGGGAGCUUCACCGCCGGCCUGGAUGCACAAAGCAUCCCACAGCUUGUCACGUGGAACGUGUGGAAUGGCGUGACGAAGAGAUGGGACGUGGGAUGGACGGCUCCUGUAAACGAGUGUGAUCAUUAUGGAACGUGUGGGGCGUUUGGUAGUUGCAAUUCUCUCGAAUCGCCUAUUUGUAGUUGUUUGAGAGGUUUUGAGCCUGUAAACGAGGAUGAAUGGGGGAGAGGGAAUUGGACUAAUGGCUGCAAGAGAAGGAACCAAUUGCAAUGUGGAGACGAUGGAUUUGAGAGGUUGCGGUAUAUGAAGGUUCCGGACUUUGCUAAGCCCUUGCCUUCUAGGGUUCAAAACGAGUGUCGGACCAUAUGUCUGGGGAACUGCUCAUGCAUAGCUUAUGCUUAUGAUGGUAACAUUGGUUGUAUGUUUUGGAGUGAUACCUUGAUUGACACUCAGGAGUUUGGUCGCGUUGGUGUUGAUCUCUACAUUCGUCUCUCUGCUUCCGAAUUCGGUAGCCACAAGGGAAGAAAGCUUUACAUCAUAAUUCCUGUAACUGUGAGUCUCGUUGGAUUAUCUAUCAUGAUCUUCAUUGCUUGGUGGCUGAUGGUAAAGAGGAGAGGUGAUUUUCCUAUUAACCUAGGAGACAAAGAGAAAGAUACAAGUAUUGUGGAAGCAGGCCAAAUGUUCACGGCGGAUUCAACUGCAAUCGUUCUUAGAAAUGAAUCAAAUGAAGUUAAUAUUGGUGAGUUGCCAAAGUUCACUUUUAAGAUGCUUGCUAAAGCAACAAACCAGUUCCAUGUAACUAAUCUUCUUGGAAGGGGUGGUUUCGGUCCUGUUUACAAGGGGAUUCUGGAAAACGGGAAAGAAAUCGCUGUGAAGAGACUAUCAGCAAACUCCGGACAAGGAAUGCAAGAAUUCAUGAAUGAAGUGAUUGUGAUUUCCAAACUCCAACAUAGGAAUCUAGUGAAACUGUUGGGAGGCUGUGUUGAGAAGGAAGAGAAGAUUCUGAUAUAUGAACACAUGCCAAACAAAAGCUUGGACGCUUGUCUCUUUGGUCAGUUAAGAAAGAAGUUGUUAGACUGGACUAUGCGUUACAACAUUAUCGAGGGCAUUGCACGAGGCAUCUUGUACCUACACAGAGACUCAAGACUAAGGAUCAUUCACAGAGACCUCAAGCCAAGUAAUGUUCUGCUAGACCAAGACUGGAAUCCAAAAAUCUCUGACUUUGGGAUGGCAAGAAUAUUCGGAGGUAAUGAAGACCAUGGCAAUACUGCAAGAGUCGUGGGAACAUACGGAUACAUUGCCCCGGAAUAUGGAAUGGAGGGUAGAUUUUCUGAGAAAUCUGAUGUGUACAGCUUCGGGGUGCUGAUUCUUGAGAUUAUGAAAGGAGAAAAGAACACACGCUAUUUCAAUGAAGAAUGGUCGUUGAGUCUUAUAGGAUAUGCGUGGAAAAUGUGGAGUGAGGGUACCGGUUUGAGUUUCGUGGAGGAAAGCAUCGCAAGUAGGGAGACGGAGGAAGAGAUGGUCCGAUGCAUUCAGAUAGGGCUGCUUUGUAUCCAACAACAUCCCAUGGAUAGACCUUCCAUUGAGAUCUUGCUGUCAAUGUUGAGUCGUGAUAUCGUGGAGCUACCAGUGCCGAACCAGCCAGUGUUUUCGGAAAAUGGUUCGACACCAGGCCCCAAUGGAUCAACCAGGGGCGGACACAGUAAAGGAGAGGGUAGGGCUUAA